AUGUUAAAGCAAAGCCAGGAACUCGCUUGGCGACGUGGUGCUCGCUUCUUUUCCAACGACGACCUCAUUUUCCAGGUCCGAAAUGACAGUGCACGCAUUGAACGGAUCCGCAAUUUUCUUGCCUGGAAGGCAGUCCGAAAGUCAACUAAAGAUGCGGACGGUAAGGAAGCUACGGAUGAUUUCGUAUUUGGAGAAGAUGAUGCCGGCGCAGGCUCAUCACAGGAUACCACCGGUAGUACAACUCAAAUCUUGCCAGUUUCGUUACCGUGGGAUGUGGAGUCUUUCUAUGAAGUACAGGUUCCCGUAAAUGAGCACCAGGGAGAGUUGAUAGGAACCACGUCACUUGAAAAGCUGAGAAAGAAUGAUGAACGCACGCGAGACAUGACGGCCUCCGAGUAUGCCAUCUGGUCGCAGUACCGACACGCUUCGUUCACCUGGCGCAAGGCCAAGAGAUUCCGCGAAUGGGCCGGCUUGGGUAUCAUAGCUGAGCAUAAGCCGAACGACGACGUGCUCGACAUUCUAGGCCUCUUCACAUCAGAUAUGGUGAAGAGUCUUACCAUCGAGGCGUUGAAGAUACAGUGUGGUGAAAUCGAAUCUCGAAAAUACUCCAUGGGCGGUUCACAUGAGAAGAAGGAUGCUGGGGGCCUAUUCUCGCCACCGCCGAGGGCAAGAAACCCUCUAGAGUCUCGGCAUAUUCGUCAAGCAUUUCAAAAUUUGCAAUCUCGCCGACUGAGAAAGAGUCCGUUCAAAGGCCGAGGACGGGUAGCAUAUGUCUUGGUAGGAAAUUCCGUUGGUAUCCCGCUCAUGUAG